GUGUUUGAUGGACAUGGAGGGGUCGAGGCGGCCAACUACUGCUCAACCCAUCUUGUCGGCCAUCUUGCCAGAUGCAUCAAAGACAUCGAAGAAGGCAAGGUAAUCGUGAAUUGUUCGUUUUUCAUUUUUAUUUUUGUAUGUUUGAAACUCGUUGUGUCACAUCCUGUUGAUUUCGGUUGCACAGGAGUCAUCAUCCUAUUGGACGACGAUGACGACAGGUUAUUUAUAGCAUGGCUCGGGGAUUCCCAAGCCCUCCUGGUCAGGGGGGGCAAACCCGUGGAGAUCAUGAGGGCCCAUAAGCCGGAGAGAGAGGAUGAGAAGGCACGCAUCACAUCUCUCGGCGGCUCUGUAGUUCACUUUGGAACGUGGAGAGUUAAUGGUGCCCUAUCAGUUUCCAGGGCUGUUGGUGGGUCUUUAUUAUUAUUUAUUUAUUAUUAUUAUUAUUGUUGUUGUUGGGUCUUUAUUAUUAUUUAUUAUUAUUAUUAUUGUUGUUGUUGUUGUUGUUGUUGUUGUUGUGAUGGGGAUGUGAAUGAUGAUAGUUAA